CACACACAGGGUUUAUCACUUUAGUGCACUCUCAAAUGUGGUGAGGAGAGAGAGAGAGAGAGAGAGAGAGAAGCAAGGGAACUUUUGAAGCUUCACGAUGCCUCGGUCCUUUUUGGUAAAAAGCAAAAAGUCCUCCUCUUACUAUAACGCGCACCGCUACAUGGACGAGGAUCAAAACAAUCAAGAAGCCAACACAGUUCCAGAACCUACUCCAUCAGAACCAAAGGAUCCAGACUCUCCAAAAGGGAUGCCAUUGGAUCCUGUAACAGAACCUGUUCACACAGACUCCUACUCUUAUAUGAAGCAUGAAAACAAACCCAAGUGCCCCAUCCCAUUGCGCCCUGAGCAGUCAGUCACAGCUAGCCAGCCUUAUUACAUUUCUGAGCCUCAGAUGGCAGAAUUCCCUCCCUACUAUAAGCCAUCCUAUGCCUGGGAGACCCUGCCUUCUCCAUAUGACUUCAGGCAGCUGGGUUUCCACUCGUCCAUCCUACAGCAUGCAAGUAACCUCUACAGGUCUGAAUUCAAGCCAAGCCCAGAUGAUCAACAGCCUCUGGAUUGCAGCACACACUACUCACCUACCUCUGAUACCUACCACUGCAUAACCUGCGACAAGGUCUUCUCAACUCCUCAUGGCCUGGAGGUCCAUGUGAGACGUUCUCACAGUGGAACACGACCCUUUGGUUGCAGCAUCUGCAGAAAAACCUUUGGUCAUGCUGUCAGCUUAGAGCAACACAUGAACAUCCACUCUCAGGAAAGAAGCUUCGAGUGCAAAAUGUGCGGCAAGACGUUCAAACGUUCCUCAACCCUGUCCACACACCUGCUGAUCCACUCGGACACCCGGCCGUACCCUUGCCAGUACUGCGGCAAGAGGUUCCAUCAAAAAUCCGACAUGAAGAAACACACCUACAUCCACACAGGGGAGAAGCCACACAAGUGCCAGGUGUGUGGUAAGGCAUUCAGCCAAAGCUCCAACCUCAUCACACACAGCCGCAAACACACGGGUUUCAAGCCUUUCGGCUGCGAGAUCUGCUCCAAGGGCUUCCAGAGGAAAGUGGACCUCCGCAGACACCACGAGAGCCAGCAUGGCCUAAAGUGACCCAAUCAGGAAGGAGGACAACUUCCAGCAUGAAGGCAAGGACUGGGAGAAAUUCAAUAAAAAGAGGACAAAAGAUAUAUGAGUCACUUAUUACAUCCUCACAGACUGCCAGUACAAUAUUAAUAUUAACUGAAGUAAUUAUUUGUUUGCCAUGUGACUCUUUUAACGCUUAAGUAGGACCAUUGGUAAAUUUUGGCUCCCUUGACAGGAUAAUGCUGUCCUGUCUUUUAAAGCUAGACUGCCUUUCAGAUUUUUCAAGUGUCGGUCAUAAAAAGAAUGUUCCCGACACCCAAUUAUUUUUCUUCAGUGGACUGAAAGCUCCUGAAUUCGAAUCACAGACUUCCAAUUUUAUUAGUUUUUUUUUUUAAAGAACAAUUAAUGAAUUUAGGGCCAGGUGGCUCUAAAUUCUCCACUAUUUUUUCCUGCUUCACCAUGACCCAAUUCAAGAUACUACGUCAUGCAUCACGUGGUGAUGGUGGGCUUUCCCCGUUCGUGCAAGGCACUGUGGGAUACAAAUUUGAAACAGGAGAGGAAAAUGGAGGACACAAAUGAAACGUGAAAGAAUAACUACAGUAACAGAACGUGAGAAGAAAAGACGUUAUGUUAUAUACGAAGGAAAGGAAAUGAAGGCCCAAAUUAAUAAAUAUCGGCGCUCAGCGAGCACCUCGGUGUGAUCAGAUGAUCGUUUAGCGACAGAAUGAUGGAACCAUCAGUGCACGUUCAAAGAUAAACCUGUAGAUGGCAGUAAUGCAACACUGGAUGCCAGCUGCUGUAAAAUCCAAAAGAAGAAGGUAAACCUGCGCAUGCGCACACGGACUUCCUCUGUCUGCUUGACUGCGCAAAGCGAGCAAGUUCAUGCACAUUAUUUGCUUUAAUCCCCUCAAAUUAAAUAACUUCCCAGCCACAGAAUGGCCUGUUUUUUUUUUUUUUUUUUUAGAUAUUACAGAAAUAAACAUGUAUCACGAUGACCAAAUUUCAUAGGGAGCUAAAUUUCACCGAUUUUAUGAAGUCGAAAGGUGGUCUAGCUUUAAAUAAUGUUUAUGAAUAAAAUAUUCACUGAUAGGAGCACAACCUUUGAUAUUUUAUAUCAAUAAUAUUUAACGGAGUUGUACAUGUAAACCAAAUAUAAAUCCAAACGUGUAAUAUUUAUGAACUGUCUCAGUGUUUGCACCUGUACUGACAGCAAAUGUGUGAAUAAAGUUUUUUUUUCUUUCUUUCUUUUUAAAUCAAA